GGCAAGGGCGGCAAGGGGCUCGGCAAGGGCGGCGCCAAGCGCCACCGCAAGGUGCUGCGCGACAACAUCCAGGGCAUCACCAAGCCGGCCAUCCGCCGCCUGGCUCGGCGCGGCGGCGUCAAGCGCAUCUCGGGGCUCAUCUACGAGGAGACGCGCGGCGUGCUCAAGGUGUUCCUGGAGAACGUGAUCCGCGACGCCGUCACCUACACGGAGCACGCCAAGAGGAAGACGGUCACGGCCAUGGACGUGGUCUACGCCCUCAAGCGCCAGGGUCGC